UUCAAUAUGAAAUCGUUUUUCGGCCUGUGCCUGCUUCUGGGUCUGGCUUUAAGCCAAGUUAGCGGAAGUUGUCCCGAAAGCUGUCCUGACACGGAGGAAGUAGUCUGGGCAUUGGAUGGCGGUAGAUGCUCUGUUUUUCGCAAUAAGUGUUAUUUUGAUCAGACAAACUGCACAAAAGAGACAGGAGAACAGCUGACAGUUACCACCAAGGAGGAGUGCCAGCCCAAGUGUGCAUCUAUCUGCACCGCGAUUUUCCAACCCGUAAGUGGAACUUAUAGGGGAAAAACCCGACAGUUUGGAAAUGCAUGCAGCAAACAAGCCCAUGCUUGCACCACCGGAGAGACUUAUUUGUAAGCCGGAGGAUAGCAGAAUUAUGAAUAAAUGGAUUAAAACAUUAUUAGAAAACAUUAAAAAUGUUCUUGAAUUUAA